CUUAUACAGCCUCGUUCUGUAAGUCGCAUCGGAGUCGGCCAUUUUGUUACAUUUCCAACAACACCGUGGACAAAAACAGAUGAAAAAUGUGUAUUUAAAUGUCAAAAUACGGACCCAUGCCUCGAAACCUAAUGUCAGAUAUUUAAAUCUUUGAAAUAUGGUGUUUAACUAACUAGACUGUCCUUUUGUAUGACUUAGCACAUGGUGGAAACUGGCGGCACAAAAAGCCGUACAGAGCACGAGAAUAGAUUAAAAACGUGGCCGCUCUUGUUUCCCGCAUUAGUACAACCAUUUGUCCACUGUUGAGACAGCCAUUAUACUUGAGAGUUUGUCCUACAUUAGCUGUAAAGUUGUAUAGGCCGAGUGCGCACUUGCAGCAACUGCAACGCUGUAAUUCUAGUAGUCCGACGAUGCCUGCAUCCAGUCGAGCAAGAGUUUACGCGGAUGUGAACAACCACAGACCACGGGAGUACUGGGAUUAUGAAUCUCAUGUAGUAGAGUGGGGUCAACAAGAUGACUACCAAAUUGUACGAAAAUUAGGCCGUGGAAAGUACAGUGAAGUCUUUGAAGCCAUUAACGUAACAAACAAUGAAAAGUGUGUCAUCAAAAUUUUAAAACCUGUAAAAAAGAAGAAAAUCAAAAGAGAAAUAAAAAUUCUAGAAAAUCUGCGAGGCGGAACCAAUGUUAUAGCAUUGUUAGCCAUAGUCAAAGACCCGGUGUCAAGAACUCCAGCUUUGGUCUUUGAACAUAUAAAUAACACAGAUUUUAAGCAACUAUACCAGACUUUCACAGACUAUGAUAUCAGAUUCUAUUUGUAUGAACUUCUCAAGGCUCUAGACUACUGUCACAGUAUGGGGAUCAUGCACCGAGAUGUGAAACCCCAUAACGUCAUGAUAGACCAUGAAAACAGAAAGUUACGUCUGAUAGAUUGGGGGUUGGCAGAGUUCUAUCAUCCAGCCAUGGAGUACAACGUUCGAGUCGCCUCGCGCUACUUCAAGGGCCCAGAACUCCUACUAGACUAUCAGAUGUAUGACUACUCCUUGGAUAUGUGGAGUCUAGGAUGCAUGUUUGCUAGUAUGAUCUUCAGAAAAGAGCCCUUCUUCCACGGCCAUGACAACUAUGAUCAGUUGGUGCGAAUAGCAAAGGUCCUAGGAACAGAUGAUCUAUAUGCAUACAUAGAAAAAUAUCAAAUAGAGCUUGACCCUAGGUUCAAUGAUAUUCUGGGCAGGCACUCACGAAAGCGCUGGGAAAGGUUUGUGCACAGCGAGAACCAGCACCUGGUGAGCCCAGAAGCUCUAGAUUACCUGGACAAGCUGCUACGUUACGACCAUCAGGAGAGACUCACUGCUCGAGAGGCCAUGGAACACCCUUACUUCUACCCUAUAGUGAAGGAACAAGGCCGAAUGUCGUCCAUGUCUGGUCACAAUUCCCCGUCCCCUGUGCCGGCAACUGGCGGAGGCAAUCUGGGCAACUCGGUCCCCGUUUCCAGUUCUCCAGUCCUCACAGCGAGCAUGUCACCUCUGCCAAAUAGUGCGACUGCAACUGCCCAGUCGUAAUGGCCGAACAUCGGCAUUUUCUCAAGCCUCCCCUCUCUAACAGUCACCCUUCCAUGGAAACACACAGCUUUUCAAAGCCUUCUGUCUGCUGCAUAGCAACUCCAUAGCAACUCAACUCCUUGGCAACUGUUCCCAUUUUCUAUGGCAACAUAAGUCUCAGAAACUGGGUCGUUUGUGUUGAACUUUAUUAUUAAUACCAUCCAGGGAUUUCCAUGGAAACUGUGAUUUAUUAUUGAAGUAAUUCAGAUCGUACUGUAUAGCGGAAAGUAUUUCCGAGGAUCUAACUUUUCUCACAUUUGCACUUUUCUUUAAUUUGCAAAAAAAUACAAAUCUGUGAGUCGUCAAUGUAAGUAGGCUUACAUAUUUUGUGAGAAUUUUCAGUAAGUGUAUUUAAAACAUUGUCUGAUUGUGCAUUGUAGAAAAAAUCAUAUAUUUGAACCUCCUAAAGUUCAAGCGCUAUACAGUAUUUGAUUAUGUUGAUCACAACACAUGGUUAUAUUUGAUGUAAUUAUUGUGAAAUACGUGUAUGUGUAUUUUCUGUUCAAUAUUCAUUAAUUUCAUCAAAAAGCAAUUUCAGAUUAAAUGUAAUUCAGUUCACUUCUGUGUUGAAAAUGCAUUUUUUUGUUAAUUGCUAUUAUUAAUCAUGUACAAACUAUUAUACCCAUUAAAUGUUAAACUUCAUAAUUAAGAAAACAUUAAUUUUGACAGUUAUCGAAAUUAGACUUUUGGAUGAACAAGCCUGAAUUCUAAUACUAUUGCUUGGUAUCAAAUAUUUUAAUAAGCUCUGCUAUAUAAAAUUCUAAAUUUGAGCAAGCCCAGAAAAUAUUUUACCAGUGCAGGGUUUGCAGGCUUGUGUUAAUUUCGACCACUGUUUUGAAGCAGCCUGUUGGCGAUUUUAGUUCAAAUAAAUAAUAGCUUUGGUUGUUGUUUUCAUCAUGAAAAUUCAUUAUAUUUAGAGUUAUAAUCCAGUGUAAACACUUAAUGUAUUUUCAAUCAAAAGAAUAUUCUUGAUUCAUGCAAUUAUGUUUUUAGCAGGUAGCGUUUUGAUUGACAUUUAGUUUUGUUUUCAAGCUUUUAAAUGUUACUAAAUAAUGAGCAAUCAUAUUGUCUAACACAUGAUUUGAGUUUUAGUUUAGUUUCUCUUAAUAAUAAUAAUAAUUCUUGGUGUAUACUGAAUUAUUUAUUAAUGCACUGUAUGCAGCUUGUGGAAGCAGAAACACAUGUAUAUAUAUUUGGUUCAUCAUAAAAUAUUUCUUUAAAAUCUCUAAAUUAUUUCUUUAAAAAACAUACCUUGUGAAAAUUGAAUAAAUAUAAAAGAAUAUAAGUGAAAUGAUUUUUAAAUGUUUAAACAAAGAAUACUUGACAAAAAAUAAUGAACUUCAUAAAAAUACUGUGAGACCUAAUUGUAUCAAAUUUUUGUUUUAUUCAGGAUAUUCAUACAUACGGCAUCACACAUGUAUUACAACACUCCACACAUGAUCAUUUCGGUAUAACUUUGUAUUUAACUUAAGUUGUGAGAUUUGAGACUUGUGUACAUACUCAGUUUGGGUAAAUCAUUUCAGUUGUAGACAAUGAUUACUUUCAUAUGCAUGGAACUAUUUUUUUCACGUAUGUAUAUUGAAGUAACAAGCUCAGUAUGUAUUUCUGUUUAUUUUUUUAUGUGAAUAAAUGUCACACAUGCAUAAUUGUAACGUGCCCAUCUCAUAUGUACAGAUGUUGUUCAGAACCUAUGGCAUUACUAUCUUUACAAACGUUUGAACAUUAGCGCAGAUAAUCACGCAGUAAUAAUGAUGAUUAUAAUAUUGAGGUGGCACAGCUGUGCGUUGAAAUCUACAUUUACUUUUAAUCAAAGUUUGACAUGAAGAAAACAAGCCUUACUGUUGUGCAACUUGGCUGGUAAUUUUAUUGGGGCAUUGGCGAUAAUGUUUAAUUUUAUACCUGGUGACCCCAUAUAAUGUUGGUAUCAUUUGAUAUGGUACAGCUUGAUAAUUACUUAUAUGUUAAAUAAAUGAUGGAAUAUACAAUAUAGAUAAAUUUAUUGCAGUUCAUAUAUAUCUUCCUAGGCCAAAUAAAGCAUUUUUUUUAAAUUUCGUCCCAGAAGGCAAAUGACAGGCUUAUUAAAAAAACUUCAUUCCCACCAAAUUCCCCAAACAAAUGACUACAGUGUGUAGCGUUAGUUGUAUUUUUCAAUUUGAUUUUUGAUUUCAUUUUAUCUUGAAUGGACUUUUCUUAUCUACAAUUUUCACAAUCAUAUACAGAAUACCUUCAUGAUUUGUGAUUAGUCUCCUAUAUUUGCUGAUGAUUUCAUGUGCUGUACGGUAUUGGGUUAUUUGCAUCUCUCACUUUCCACAAGCACUUAUGGAAAUAGCUUUUGAGGGAUCCCAUAAAACUCUUUACUGCUCUUGACUGAGUUACCCUGUACUGUCUCCCCAGUUAGAUGGGCCUUUGACCUGCUUAUCCACAUCAUCGUCUGUGAUUGAUAUAUUCUCCUCUAUCGUCUUAUCAUAAGAUGACCCUUGGUUUACUGACAAGUCUGGCAACAUUGCACUUACCCAACUUUGUAUUGUCCUCGGUGAUUGAUAUUUGUUUCUGUACCGGAUGCCCCUUGGAUCACUGACGAGCCCUGAAACGUUGUACUUACUUAUAUACCAGUGUAUUUUCGUCAUAUUUGUCAUACAUCUGCUGUUGUUAGCUCUUAACUCCCUUCAGGUCAAGAGAAACUGUUUUAUAAUUAUAUCCUUCAUAUUAUUAUUAUUCCACUAGGCCCUCCUAUAUAUCAAAUAUAUAUAUUCCUUGUGUACACAUAAAACCCUUUCAAAUGAUGCCAUAACAGUAUGAGGUCACCAGACGUCCAUAAUUGUUUAAUAUACCUUAAGGUUAUUAGCGCAAUUGCUAUUGUGGAUGUUUUUGUAUUAUGUCUCAUUAUGGGUUCUAGAUUUCAUCAGAGUUGUAUUUUAUACUGUAUGCAGUGGAAAAUAAUUGUGUUUGUAACAUACCUUUAUUAACACAAUCUACAUUUCCUAGUCUUAUAAUUCAUUCUAAAUAAUUUUUACAAUUAUACUGUUAUGUUAUGCUCAUUUUUACCUGGACUCAAGUACUGUUCUGAAUUGUGAUGCCACAGUGAAAAUAAAUAGAAAUUAUGCAAAAAAACUUUGAGCAUAAGUUCUCAAAUUAGAAUCAACUUAACUUCUGUGUUCAUUUUGAUAAUGUACAAUUAUUUUGUAGUUGUAAUCAUUUGUUUGCAGGCAUUCAGUUUAAGUUUAAGUAUGUGAAUGGAAUUAACCAGAGAAAGAAAAUCUUUAAUUCUAUAUUUAGAAAAAAGUGUUUAGAUGAAAGAACUUCUUGAAAUGUAUAUUAAUUAGAACAGGGUGAGGUCAGAGGUCAAAAGAACGCCGCUAAGGUCAAGGGCAUUGAUGGAAAGGAAGUGUACCGAGUUACUCAUUAUUGUACGGACGGUACAACGUAUUGUAGUAGUUAAAUAUAUGUGUACAUUGAGACGCUAGAUAUAAAAACAUUGUGAAUGCAUUUUCUGAUAUUUAUAAUAUUUCAAAACGGUGUGAAAUGGAAGUUGGUCUGAAAUGGAAGUCGUGUGUUACCAAGGGUAGUGAUAUUUGAUUAAUUGUACAUUUUUCAUACCAUGUUUUGUAUUGACGUCAAUGUAUUUGUAAAAGGAUAGGAAACUUACGAAAGAGUUAUUAAAGAACAAUAGUGAAAUGAA